GUUGUUUGCUUAUUUUUGCCUUUUCUUGAUUCCUUCUAUUAGCCUAGAGAGAGCUGCCUGCAGAUGAACAUGAUUUCCCUGCCAUCCCUUGUCGCAGCAUCCGCAGCGCUCAUAUCCCCGGGACUGGCUGCUGGAUUUUCGACUGAGCUUCAGAGCGUACUGAAGAACACACAUGGUGGCAAUGAAUAUGGAUACCCUACUGAUUUUACCAGGGGUAUAAUGCCUAUACCUGUCCACUCCCACAAUGAUUACUGGAGAGAUAUUCCCUUCUACACUGGUCUCUCCAAGGGCUGUGUUUCAACAGAAGCUGAUGUAUGGCUUUACAACGGUACACUUUAUGUCGGGCACGAUGAAUCCUCCUUGACUGAGGAGCGAACUUUUGAGUCCCUCUAUGUCAAUCCAAUGUUAGAUGUGCUAAAACGCCAAAAUCCCCAAACCCGUUUUGUGACUUCACCCACGAAAAACGGCGUCUUUGACACUACUACUUCGCAAACCCUGUACUUUUUUGUCGAUGUAAAAACGUCAGGACAAGAAACAUUCGAAGCUGUUAUUUCUGCGUUAGAGCCACUCCGCAGAGAGGGCUAUCUUACCACACUGAAAGACAACAAGACGAUGACUAAUGGUCCCAUAACUGUCAUCGGGACAGGCAAUACACCUUUUGAUAUGGUUGGACCGGUUGCUAAUCGCGACUACUUCUUCGAUGCUCAUCUAGAUGCGCUAGAGGAAAGCCCUGAGAUCACGUCCCUAAUCUCUCCUAUUGCAUCAACUAGCUUCCAAGAGGCUGUGGGCUCAGUCACAUAUAGUGAGGAUGAGGCUGUUCUGAGCGACAAACAGCUAGCUACCCUUCGAUCCCAGAUCAGUACUGCAAAGGAGAGGGGGAUUGGAGCUAGAUACUGGGAGACCCCUUAUUAUCCGAUCCGGACUCGUAAUGCUGUAUGGCGGACGCUUCUCCAGGAAGGUGUGGCUUUGUUGAAUGCUGAUGACCUGGAUGCUGUUGCGGCUUACUUCUAAUUGUACAUUAUAUGCAUCUCCACAUGUUAUGCCAUCCAGACUAGAAAUUGAGAGUACAUCGGACAUAAAGUGGUUUCAAUGGCGAUCGUCAUCGUAGUCCU